CUAUUCUCCCUCCUCACAGAGAAAAACACCUGUUUGGGAAGAGAGAAACACUUGUUUGGGAAGAGAGAAAAUUACAACCAUUCCUUCCAUAUUUCCCUCCUUAAAGAAAGCAAAAGAAGAGAGAGAGAAAGGGUUUUUUUAGUUUGAGAGUGAGAGAAUCUGUGCAUGUUGCGUAGUAAAUCUUUAAAGCGCAAUCCGGUUUACGUUAGCGCCCCGAGUUCCGACGCUGCUGCCACAAGAUUUUGUUCCCUUUGAGAGCGUCACCAAAUUCUCUCCGCCGGUGUGCGCAGUUUUUUAUCCUUCACCUCCAUUUCCUCUAUAUAAAUCCUCCAAACAGCGGAAAAUAUAUACACAAACAAACAAACACACCACAACCAAUAUGGCUACUAAUAAGCUUCUUCUAGCGUUUGCUAUAUGUCGUUUAAUGGUGACCGUCGGAUUAACCUUGGACCCGGUGGAGCUUCUUCGGCUCGGCGUCGACGGCCGGCUCAGCGUCACUCCGUCUGACGUAGAAAUGGCUUCUCUGGAUUUCGGUGGAUUGAACCGGGCUGAGCCGCUAGCGGUUCACCACCCGGCUUCUGCCGAGGACGUGGCGAGGCUGGUCCGAGCCGCCUACGAGUCGGCUCAUGGGUUCACGGUGUCGGCUAGAGGCCACGGGCAUUCGAUAAACGGUCAGGCUCAGACCACCAAUGGGGUGGUGAUUCAAAUGAGCGGCGGCUCGAGCGAAGCUCAGCUCGGCUCUUCUGGGAAGCCGGCUUUGACGACGAGGGUUGCAGAGAAGCUGUGGUAUGCGGACGUUUGGGGCGGAGAGCUGUGGAUAGAUGUGUUGAAGUCCACACUAGAGUAUGGGCUCGCACCCAAGUCUUGGACUGAUUACUUGUACCUUUCUGUGGGUGGUACCUUAUCGAAUGCUGGUAUUAGUGGACAAGCUUUCAACCAUGGUCCUCAGAUUAACAAUGUGUUCGAGCUAGAUGUUGUUACAGGCAAGGGUGAGCUGAUGACAUGUUCAGAAGAACAAAACUCAGAACUGUUUCAUGGUGUUCUUGGUGGAUUAGGGCAAUUUGGGAUCAUAACUAGGGCAAGAAUUGCUCUUGAAAAAGCACCCCAAAGGGUGAGGUGGAUCCGAGUAUUGUAUUCGAAUUUUUCAACUUUUACUCGUGACCAAGAGUAUCUCAUCUCUCUGCAUGGACAACCACCAUCUAGAAAAUUCGACUAUGUUGAGGGUUUUGUUAUUGUAGACGAAGGCCUCAUCAACAACUGGAGAUCUUCAUUUUUCUCUCCUCGUAACCCUGUUAAGAUUUCUUCUCUCGCUAGUAAUGGCGGUGUUUUAUACUGCUUGGAGAUCACCAAAAAUUACGACGAAUCAACCGCCGACACCGUUGAUCAGGAAGUGGAGAGUCUUUUGAAGAAAUUGGAUUUUAUUCCGGCCACGAUGUUCACGACGGACCUUCCGUACGUGGAUUUCUUGGACCGGGUUCACAAGGCGGAGUUGAAGCUCCGGUCCAAGGGAAUGUGGGACGUGCCACACCCAUGGCUGAACCUGUUUGUACCAAAAUCAAGAAUUGAAGAGUUCGAUAAAGGGGUGUUCAAGGGCAUUUUGGGUGACAAGACCAGUGGUCCUAUUCUCAUCUACCCAAUGAACAAAAACAAGUGGGAUGGGAGGAGCUCAGUGGUGACACCGGACGAGGAGGUGUUUUAUUUGGUGGCACUGCUUAGGUCUGCUCUGGAUAGUGGAAAUGAGACACAGACGUUGGAAUACCUGACCAAUCAGAACCGUCAAAUCCUGAGAUUCUGUGAUGAUGCAGGGAUCAACGCCAAGCAGUACCUGCCCCAUUACACCACACAGCGAGAAUGGAUGGACCACUUUGGAGAUAAGUGGGCCUCGUUUCAGCGAAGGAAGGCGGAGUUCGACCCCCGGCGCAUUUUAGCCACCGGCCAACGCAUAUUUAAACCCUCUUUCGGCUUGAAUACGGCUUCGUGGUGAUGAAAGCAAACAGAUGUGUACAACACACAGUGACUUUGCAAAUUUGUACAUAGCAAAAGGGUAAAAGUACCAAGUAUUUUUGUCCUAAACUAGGAUUAUAUAAGAUCGAGAGUUUCACUAGUGUUUCAAUACAUGAGCUAAACAAUACCAUUUCACCAAUCAGUUAAAUCAUGGGUAAAUUUCACUUUAUCUCGCAUUAGGCUUGUCAAUAUUUUGCACAACGUUUGUCAAUAUUAUUAAC